GGGGGCUGCGAAUUGUAGUCUGUACCCCUGGUCUACAGUGCGUAAGACCCAAGGGGAGACUGAACACAUGCGCGCGCCACUGCUCUCUGUGGAGCAAGGGAUCCCGCUUCUCCCCUUUGGGGGACAGGGGACUCAUGUGACAUUCGCCACACUGGGGUAACUCUGCAUGUGGGCAACCUAUCCCGUGGAGGGGACGCGAUGGCCUGCAAGGCCUGGUGGCCGGACAAGGACGCCCUCGAGAGGUUGAUUGUUUUCCAUGAAAACAUUCUGAGCCAUCACCCUCGGCCCGUGGGCCUGGAUGCGAUGAACUCUUUAUUUGAGAACUGAACUUGGGGAUUAGUGGUGACCCGCCCCAACGAGGGCAUGCUACACCUAUGCCAUGUGUAAACGAGCUUGUGUGACUUGCAGCAGGAAUCCAGAGGACACUAUGGUCGUCAAGGUCGGAGGAGUUCUGCCAGCUCAUCGAGCCCCCGCGCCUUGCACUAGGUGUGCCAAUUCUUCCCCUUCCCUCUGGAUGGCGCCAUGUGGGUCUCCACUGCUAAUUGCUUGGAGUGAUGCCCUGAGGCACCGCGUUGCUGGUGAGCGGAGUGUCUGUCCCAGGGUCGGUGCUGCCGGAGAAGGCUGAGACUUCUUGGGGAACCUCCAGUUCUGGGAGGGAGGACUCCUCAUGAAGACCUGGGUGAAUGUGAUCUUCUGGGGAUUCAGGGCUUGUUUCUGUGGUAACAGGGAGCCCAGCAUUUGAGUCUCCUUUUCUUAGAAUUUAACCUGGCCUGUAUCUACGAUUAUGGCUGGUCCAAACAGCCUGUUAGGAUCGAUCUGUCCAUUCAGGUAGGGAAGUGCAUCUGAUUGCCUCGAAGAAAGGUGAGUUUUUGACUCCUGCCCUACCUCUUCAGUCUGGCUGGGUAGCAAAAACUGAGCAGAGGAGAAAUUCUUCAGUGGUGUAAUCCAUCAGCUGGUCAAAGGGUGCUGCCUAAUGCGGCAAGAGACAUCCGGAUUCGUCGGCAUUAAGGUCCAACCCCUGGUAAAAGUGUGGAUACUCUGAAUCAGCCUGAAGCGCAGACUGAGGGGAUACCUAAGUAGCUUCUCCCUCCUCUGGGACUUUGUUGUCAACGGAGUUGUCCUCGCACAGGUAUGAGGCCUGGCCAAUACUUUCCAUGUACUUCACUCUACGUCACUGGAGGACACUGGAGUCCAGCUGAGUGCAAUGCACACAACUAGCGGGGUUGAUGGGAGCCUCCAUAGCGUAUUCAACGCCGAAGCAAGUAGUACAGAGCGUAUGGGAAUCUGUCCCGGACAUGUAAUGGCUGCAGUUUCCAGGGUGAGCGUUGAUAGGCUUUUGCUGCUUUUUCUCCCCCUUCCCUGACGACUUGGCCUGUAAGCCUGUUGACAUUGCGUUUCGGCAGGACGGACAAAAGCAAAUGGAAUUACCGGUGGGCUAGCUAGCCACUCCAGGCGCUGCUCCUACAAUGGGAAGUUGGGAGAGACACUGGGUAACGUGCGCUUGAGCCAGGUAAGCAGAAACAGACAGCUUUAUUUACCAGGGUGGUGAGAAAUAAAUGCCGUCUUUAUAUUUUCAGUGUAGUGAAUUAGCUGGCUUUCUUUACCUGAGUGUUGAUAGCCAGCUAGCCGAGCUGUCGCGUGGGAUACAAAGUGUCGACUCGGUCUGUAAACCAAGUAACUUGAGGUAGAACGAACGGCUGGGUUAUCUUUCACAGGGGAAUGAAAAAGGGAUGGUGCUUCAAUGGUGGGGUAACACACUGAAGAAACAUAACCGCUCUUGCAAACUGAAUGGGGCUUUAGCCCAGAGAUUGCUAGCUAAAACAUCAGUGGUGCCGUUAGCCCACUAACUAGCCAAGAUACUCGAAAGUUCAGCUAGCUAACUCCGAAAGUGGGAACCGACAGAGCUAGAGACCCUGGGUAGAAGUAGCUAAAAUUUGUGGGAACCUGCUAUUAGCAGGAUGCUAAAACAGUGGAGCUAGCUAGCUAACGACGCCAAUUGUGUGAAUGCCAGGCAACAAGUGUACAGUAUUUAGCCGAUGACAAAAAAGUGCUGCUAUCUGAGGUAACUUCACUCAGUAAGGUGAAGCUGAAGUAAGCAGCAUUCCUGAAAAAUAGAAAACAAGCCACUCAAUGCUAUGUGUUGGGGUAGUAACCCACACCGAAAGGAACUGUUAAGUUGAGAGCUAGUUUACUGAAUAAAGCUGUGUAACGGGCUAGUAACCAGAGACUCGAGGCUAAGAAUGAGGAAACCAGUGCAGUGUGUUAUAAGACACUCGGGGCGUACACACACAGCUCUGAUUGGCCUGUUAGGCGUGAUUGAAUAAGGCUUCAAAUAAAGACCCGCAAAAGGGGCCGUGUCCCAUAGUGAGAUGUCAACUGAAAGAACUGUUGAGUGUGAAAAACCCAGCAGUGUUGCAGUUCUUGACACAAACCAGUGCGCCUGGCACCUACCUACUACCAUACCCUGUUCAAAGGCACUUAAAUAUUUUGUCUUGCGCAUUCACCCUCAAUGUCACACAUACACAAUCCAUGUCUCAAUGAUCUCAAGGCUUAAAAAUUAUUCUUUAACCUGUCUCCUCCCCUUUAAACAAGGGAUCAUAGCUUUCACCUGGAUUCACCUGGUCAGGUUGUUUUGUACACUCAGUGUAUCUGCAGGUGUUCUUCUGUGUUUGUUUUUCCGUUUCACAUUUUAGGGGUUUGCAUUUUUGAAUGCUAUGGAUCCCCCUGUAUACAAGAUUCUACUUCCAACCUGCCGGUAAAACAUAUAUUUUUUUAAGGCAGUGUGCAAGAUGAGGGAUAUACAACCUCUGCAUGGAUGUGUGACCUAGCUAGUACGACUCCAAGUUCAGAGUGUGGACAGACCUCUGUACCGCGGAACAUAUCACUGCUUCCAGUCUAUCGUACGGCAAGAGUCGAUGACGGGUCUGUACAAAGGCAUUGGCUCCCCCAUGAUGGGCCUGACCUUUAUCAAUGCCAUCGUGUUCGGUGUCCAGGGCAACGCCAUGCGCAGGCUGGGCCACGACACGCCGCUCAACCAGUUCCUGGCCGGAGCGUCGGCGGGCGCGUUGCAGAGCGUCAUUUGCUGCCCCAUGGAGCUGGCCAAGACGCGCAUGCAGCUGCAGGGGCUGGGCGAGAGGAAGUCCAAGCAGAAGCUGUACAAGAACUCUCUGGACUGCCUGGUGCGCAUCUACCGGAAGGAGGGCUUCCGCGGUAUCAACCGGGGUAUGGUGACCACGCUAGUCCGCGAGACACCAGGUUUCGGGAUCUACUUCCUGACCUACGACGUACUGACGCGCUCUCUGGGCUGCGAACCCGAUGACCCCUACAUGAUCCUCAAGUUGCUGUUUGCCGGAGGCAUGUCGGGCAUCGCCUCGUGGAUCUCCACCUACCCCGUGGACGUCAUAAAGUCCCGGCUCCAGGCAGACGGCGUGGGCGGCCACAACAAGUACAAUGGCAUCGCUGACUGUGUGCGUCAGAGCCUGAAGCGGGAGGGCUGGCGGGUGUUCACGCACGGCCUCACCUCCACGCUGCUCCGGGCGUUCCCCGUCAACGCCACAACCUUCGCCACCGUGACUCUGUUCCUCAUGUACAUGCGAGACGAUGAGGGCGCCGUCAAAGACUGCGAGCCCCAGCCUGCCCACUCCUCGCUCACUGUGAGCCCACAGCAGGCCCAGCCCUCAAGCUUGUGAAUGGGAGAAGAUGGUGUUUCUGCUCUGGUGACCCUUAUUGGGUUGGAAGUGGGCCCACAAUGCACCAGCUAAUAAGCUGAUGUGACCUGACCACUCAACGUCAGCUUCACGAAGGCUAUUUUUACAAGAUGUAUGUAUGUUGAGAUGGUAAACCGCGCUUGUAAAUACUUGUCCCUUUUUGACCUCUGGUUUUGUACAGAGCACCCUUUUAUAUAUAAUUGUUUAGUCUUUUUGAGAACUAAUUGGUAAAUCGUGGGGGGGGAAACUAGCAGUGAAAAAGCACAAAAAUGGCUGACCUAGUCAUCCCUUAUACAUGUAUAUGUGUGCACAGCUGAGUAUAUUUAUGUAUGUCUGAAGGGCUUGUGGUAAUGACUGGAGUGGAAUCUGUAGAAUAGUAUCAAACACAUGGUUUCCAGGCGUUUGAUACCGUUCCAUUAGUUCCGUUUCAGGCCAUUUAUUAUGAGCCGUUUUCCCCUCAGCAGCCUCCACUGGUCUGAAGGUAUGUACAUACUGUAUAGAUACAUGCAGCUUUCCUAUUAAAAUACUCAUUAGUAGAGUCCUAGCCAGGGAUUCCAAACUAAGGGUCCAUUCACACAGCUUGAUGGGUGGAACUCAUCCAGAAAGUAAGCCAUUUCAUUGGUUCUAAUCAAUGAUUCUGCCGGCUAGGACCAAUGAAAUUACUUCCUUGUGUAGAUUUUUACGGCGAGCAGUGUGAAUGCACCCAUAGGUCCGAGUGAAUAUUCUCUCAAGGAAAAUGUAUCUACCCUGUUAGAAUGCCACUGGAUAUUCCAGAGUCGGGUGGGAGGUCUGCAUUAGCUGGUUCCUGAUUUAAAUUACUCUUGGCUAAAUUUACACAGGCUGCCCAAUUCUGAUCUUUUGCCCAAUUGUUGGUGAAAGAGCUGAUCUGUUUGUUCAAAAUACCAGUUAUUGCAAAAUAGAUCAGAAUUGGGCUGCCUGGGUAAAAGCAGCCUUAGUUCUUCUUGAUAAUCCUAAAGUUAAACACAGUCAUGGAUUUCAACUCCGUCUUGUCUCAGACCUUGUAAAGGUGACACCUUUCUCAUUUUACUGAAAGAUUCAGAAUUAACUGAAACAUUUGCUCAUGUGUGCUGAAAUGACUGCAUGAAAUGUCAUGAGCGAAGUGCAGAGCAAAAAAUUCUAAUUGUUUUGAUUAAAAACAUUUUUUAGUACAAUAGCAUUGUACUGUAUUUGAGGCGGCACAGUCCCUAGCAGUAUAAAACAGCCUGAUUCUGUUACAUUUUGGGCAAAAGUGGUACAUUUUUUACAAACAAACAUGAUAUUGACUAUACAUCUCAUGAUUUUUAUUUUAUAAAUUAUUCUACACGUAUGAUAUAUGUAUGUGUAAAGGAAUCUCUUGAAUAUUGCGUCCAUUCACGUACAGACCUUGAAUUGAAUUGCAACCGUGUGGUUCACAAGAACAUGUUACAUAACUAGCUUCUAUAUGGUGGAUGACACUGCUUGUACAGAGAUGUUACUCAUGAUGUAUUUAUACUGUGAACUUGGGUCAGUGCUUUCGCGCCCUCGUCUUGUUUCUUUUAUAGCACCUAGACAUUCAAGGGCAACUCAACUAAAUGGAAUACUGCUUCCUUUCUGUUUUACUGUCAUGUAAAACGACCAAUCAGAGCCAGAAAUUUGUUCAGAAGAGCACAAGUGCUUGAAAAGGCCAGUUACUCUUAAUUUGUACGUGUCAUAUUUGUUCUGUAUCGGUCGUAAUGUCUUUCAACCAAAUCAAUAUGUGGGGGAAAAACAUGUCAGAAUAAAACUAUAUGAAAUGA